AUGGCGGCGGGGGGGGGCGGCCCGCUGCGCUGGUACCAGAUCCCGCUGUCGUCGGCGCGCGCGCCGCCGCGCACCGGCCUGUUCAGCCCGCGCUUCCAGGCGGGGCUGGAGCGCUACCAGCAGCUGCGCGCGCACAAGCAGCUCCGCGUGGGCCGCCCCUUCGGCGAGCCGCAGGAGCAGCCCCCGGAUCCGCUGGCCCGUGGUCCGGAUCCGCUGGCCCACGGUCUGAAUCCGCAGGAGCAGCGCUCGGAUCUGCUGGCCCAUGGUCCAAAUCCGCUGGCCCACAGUCCGGAUCCGCUGGCCUGUGGUCCUGAUCCGCUGGCCCAUGGUCCAGAUCUGCAGGAGCAGCGCCUGGAUCCGCUGGCCCAUGGUCUGAAUCCACAGGAGCAGCGCUCAGAUCCACUGGCCUAUGGUCCGGAUCCGCUGGCCUGUGGUCCUGAUCCGCUGGCCCAUGGUCCGGAUCGACAGGAGCAGUGCCCAGCUCGGCUGGCCCAUGGUCCAGCUCCGCUGGCCCACAGCCCAGAUCUGGCCAGUGGGUCAGAUCUGCCGGCCCAUGGUCCGGAUCCACUAGCCAAUGGCCUGGACCCACUAGCAGACAGCACAGAUCCAACACCCACUGGCCCAGAUCUGCUAGCCAACAGCUGGGAUUCGCUAGCCAGUGGCCCGGAUCCAGUAGCUGAUGGCCUGGACUCACUAGCCAGUGGGCUGGAGCUACUGGCCAGCAGUCCAGAUUCGCUAGCCAGUGGAGAAUACUCAGUAGCCAGUGGUGCAGAUCCACUAGCCAGUGGCCUGGAUCUGCCAGCCAAUGGCCUGGAUCCACUAGCCAGUGGCCUGGCCACUAGCCCUGGUGCGCUGGCCCGCAGCCCGCCGGUGCUCCCCAGCGGUGCGGAGUCCCUUGGGAGCAGCCCGGAGGCAGCGGGCGCCCUCGUGGCUGAGCCGGGCGGCAGCCUGGGGGCAGGAGGCGCCGCGGCCGCGCCGGCCAACAGCCUGGAGCUGCUGCUCGCCGAGCGCAGGGGGCAGCGCGAGGCCGCCGCGCUGCCCGCCAGCCCCAACUGGGCCAGCGCGGAGGAGAGCAGCAGCUCGGCGGGCUCGGCGGCCGAGGACGUGCCGCUGGCCGAGGAGCACAGGCUCUUCCUCGCCCGCUUCGCCGCGCAGCCGGGGCUGCUGCCGCGCGUGCACCCCGGCGAGCCCGUGUUCUGCGCGUGCCCGCUGCCCGCGCCCACGCUCGACGCCCGCGGCCUGCGCCCACAGAGCGCCCUGGAGCGCCUCUUCCUGCACGCGUCGCCCGCGCGCCAGGCUGCCCUGGUGCGCGAGGGCCACCUGAGCCUGCUGUACCGCUGCGUGCCCGCCUGCCCGCCGCCCGUGCUGCGCUGGCUGUUCCAGAUGACGGCCGUGAGCCCGGACACGGCACACGCUGCGCGGGCGCUCUGGGACAUCAACGUGCACCGGCUGCGCGGCGCGGGGCAGCCCUGGUGCCCCACGGUGCCCGAGAUCGGGCAGGCGUUCUGCCGCCUGGGCGCCGACCUGGGCGCCCUGCACCGCCAGGGGCUGCUGCCGCUGGAGCUGUGUCCCGCCGCACACAGGCCCUCAGAGCGGGCGGCCACCGCCAGCGCCCCGGUCCUGGCCACGCAGCUCGGGGACAUCUGCAAGCUGCUGGCGCUGUGCGUGGUGGUGCAGCCGGGCUGCUACCCGGACCGUGCGCGCCUGGCGCUGCUCACCCUGCUCUGCUUCGUGGCGCUGGACCGCGCGCUGCGCUGCCAGCCUCUGCCCGACCUGCAGCACCUACUGCACUGCCUGCUCGAGGGCAUCAGCGACUGGCAGCAGCAGCUGCCCGAUCUGUGCCUGGCCCUGUGCCAGCUCUCCCAGCACCACCACAACCUGGUGGCCGUGGUGCGCCUGCUGCCCGACAUCAGCGACAGGGGCAGGGAGCUGCGGCGCCGGCUGAGCCUGUGCGCGAUGGCCCUCGUGGUGCUCGCCAGCGCCGCCGUGGGCGCCGAGCGCCCGUCCCCAGAGCAGCGCGUGAGUGCGGCGGGGGGCGCGGGACGGGGCGCCCGGCGCCCGUGGGACCCGCGCCCACCACCCCGCGCCGCCCAGGGCCUCCUGCAGCAGCUGUGCGCGCAGCUGGACCGGCAGCUGGGCGCCGGGCUGCGCGAGGGCGCCGGCCUCCUCUUCCGCACGCAGCUCAAGGUCCUGGCCGCGCUCACCUAUGUCAAGUGGCAGGAGCUGCUGGCCGCCGCCGCGCCGGGCGCCUCGUGGAGCGCCGUGCCCCGGCAGACCGUCCCCUACGCGGAGCUGCGCGACGCGGCCAAGCGCUUCUCGCGCGGGGGCGUCUCGCACUACGUGACACUGACACUCGAUGAGGCCGAGGCCCUGCUCUACGUGGGCGCCCGCGAGGCCCUCUUCGCCCUGGCCACCGGCACCGUGGAGCUCAAGGGGACGAUCUCCUGGGAGGCGCCGCUGGACAAGAAAGCCGAGUGCAUCCAAAAGGGGAAGAACAACCAGACCGACUGCUUCAACUACGUGCGCUUCCUGCAGAGCUACAACAGCUCCCACCUGUACGCGUGCGGCACCUACGCCUUCCAGCCCAAGUGCGCCUAUAUCGAGCUUUCCGGCUUCACCCUGGACCGAGUGGCUUUCGAGGAUGGCAAAGGGAAGUGUCCCUACGACCCCACCAAGGGCCACACGGGCCUCAUCGUGGACGGCGAGCUCUACUCGGCCACCUUCAACAACUUCCUGGGCACGGAGCCCGUCAUCCUGCGCAACCUGGGCCCUCACUACUCCAUGAAGACCGAGUACCUGACAUCGUGGCUCAACGAGCCGCACUUCGUGGCCUCGGCCUACGUGCAGGAGAGCGCGGCCAGCAGCACGGGCGACGACGACAAGGUCUACUUCUUCUUCAGCGAGCGCGCCGUCGAGUACGACUGCUACGCGGAGCAGGUGGUGGCCCGCGUGGCGCGCGUGUGCAAGCCGCUGCACUCGCCCACGCGCAUCCACCUGGGCCCGCUGCGCGGCUCCGCGUCCAACGGCUACAUCCGGCUGGCGCUGGGCGCCGAGGAGCGCGCGCCGGGCGCCGAGCUGGCCGAGGAGCUGCGCCGCAAGCUGCAGCAGCGCCAGCCGCUGCCCGACUCCAACCCCGAGGAGUCGUCCGUGUGA